CAAACUGACUGACAGAGGGGGAAGGGGAGGCUCAUUGAGCGGUAGAUUGGAUGAGGAGCGGAGGAAUAAAACCUAAUGUGAGACAGUCAGCUGGAGACAGAGAGAAAGAAAGAAAGAAAGAAAGAAAAAAAAGGGGGGGCAGACUGGUGCAGUAAGAGAAGCGGUGUCGGGUUCACGGAGGGACGGACAACAGAGAGAAACACGCGGAGGCUGAGAAAGAGAGAGGAGCCUCAACAAGCUGUGUCGUGAUUUUCCACCUUGGCCAUUCGUGAGGAACAGAAGGACUCCGGUGAAGAGAACUCACUGGCUUUGUUUCCCUCCUCCCUGCUCUCCCUCCCCCCUCUGCACCCUCCUGCCUCCUCUGAAUGAUUGAAGCCAUGCCCAUCCUGUCUGCAAGUACAGGCCUGCAUGAGACUCUGGCCCUGCUCACCUCUCAGCUUCACCCUGAUGCCAACCAUAAAGAGGACCUGGUCUUCCUCAAAGAUGUCUUCAGUGAGAAGAGCCUUGGUUACCUCAUGAAGAUCCAUGACAAACUGAGGCAGUAUGAGAAACACAGUCCGACUCCAGUUCUGCACAGCGCCUCCUGUCUGGCAGAGGAUCUGGCAGAAGAGCUUCAGAAUGGAGCUCUGGAGGACGAUGAGAGGGAGCUGCUUCUCCUGCUGAGCACUCCUCACUUCAAGGCAGUGCUGGCAGCCCAUGACACAGUAGCCCAGAAGAACUUUGACCCGGUGCUGCCGCCACUGCCGGAGGACCUGGACGACGACCUGGAGGAAGAGUCUGUCAAGAUUGUCCGCCUGGUGAAGAACAAAGAGCCCCUGGGAGCGACCAUCCGGAGAGACGAAGUAACGGGAGCUGUAAUCGUGGCCAGAAUCAUGAGGGGAGGAGCAGCUGACCGCAGUGGUCUGGUGCAUGUUGGGGAUGAGCUUCGAGAGGUCAAUGGAAACCUGAUCACCCACAAAAGGCCAGAUGAAAUUAGUCAGAUACUGUCCCAGUCACAAGGCUCCAUCACUCUGAAAAUUAUUCCAGCUGUUGCAGAAGAAGACAAACUGAAGGAAAGCAGGGUCUACCUUCGGGCUUUGUUUGACUACACACCCUAUGAGGACAAGGCCACGCCAUGCCAAGAGGCGGGACUUCCUUUCAAGAGGGGGGACAUUCUUCAGGUUGUCAGCCAGGAGGACGCUACCUGGUGGCAGGCUAAGAGGGUGGGCGACUGUAACCUGCGCGCUGCCCUCGUCCCCUCUACACAGUUCCAGGAGAGGCGCCUGAGAUACAGGAUGAAAAUGCGUUCUUUUCCUGCCCCUUCGUCCCCCAAAGCUCCUACAUAUGAUCGUGCUGAGAGAGAAGACUGUGACAGUGAGGGUGCUCUGAAUGGAAAGGACAUAGUUUCUCCCAAGAGUAAGGCAGCCCCUGCCUUCUGUGGCCAUGCUUUCUCAUGGGAUUUUUACUCAGUUGGCCUGCGCAGAAGUUUCCGCCUCCGGAAAGAUCGCCAGGGUUUACCAGGAGAACCUCAAACUCCAGAUGCCAAUCACACAGAGUUCCUGAUUUAUGAAGAAGUAACACAAUAUCUGCCCCGCCCUGGAGAAAGGCCUCGUCUCAUAGUUCUGAUAGGUUCCCUGGGAGCUCGAAUCACUGAGCUCAAACAGAGGGUGAUCGCUGAAAACCCUCGACGUUAUGGUUUCGCAGUGCCUCACACCACUCGAGCCAGGAAGUCUCACGAGAGAGAAGGAGUGGAGUACCACUUCAUCAGUAAAGCUGCUUUCGAGGCUGACAUCCAGAAUGGAAAGUUUAUUGAAUAUGGGGAGUAUAAAGAUAAUCUGUAUGGCACCAGCUUGGAGUCCAUUCACAGAAUUUUGGAUCAAAACAAGGCCUGUCUGGUGGAUGUGCAACCAGAGGUGCUGAAGACUCUACGUACCGCUGAGUUCAAACCAUAUGUCAUCUUUGUAAGGCCUCGCAUCUACGAUAGUCCAAGGAAACCACUUGGCUCCUCUUCCUCACUCAGCUUGGGGAUCACGGAGGAGGACCUACAGGAAAUGAAACAGUCAGCUGAGCGCAUCGACGAGUGCUACGGCCAUUGGGUGGACUACGUGUUGGUGAAGGAGGACCCAGGCAGUGCCUUAGCUGAGCUCCAGGUUGUACUGGAGAGGGUGCAGACGGAGCCUCAGUGGGUGCCUGUGUGCUGGGUGAGGAGCUAGCCUGCUUAACUGAGCUCAACUGGUUCAAGUUGGAUCAGUGGACCACUGUGUGUGUGUGUGUUUGGAGGACAGACAAACUGUGGGAAGCCUUUGGAGGUUCUGAGUGAUCCAGUGUUUACUGCCAUGCUAACCGUUCCACAAAUACAAGUUUGUGAUAGUUGGCCAAGUGAAGUCAUAUCGAAACAUCUGCAACGACUGAGCUGCUUUUUCAUCAGUGUGAACAUCAAGCAAGCCUUUCUGUUUUAGAUUCUUCAGUGUAAAAUGACAUACUGUAUAUCUAAGUUGUACAAUGGCAGUAUAACAGCUCUAACAGGCAUGUAGUACAUGCAUGUGGGACAAAGUUCCUAAAGCAAGCUGUAGUCAAAGAUCGAUUAUGUGAGAUGUGUACUGUAAUAGCAGCUACAAUGUGAUGUGCCAUAUCGAGCAUUUACAAAACCUGUAUCGUAAAACGAAAAAAUAAAUCUGCAGCUCGUGCUGGAGACUGUACAUGUUACUGUUCAUCUGUCUUGUAAGUCUGACGUUAAUGAGGAACGGUUGACUUUGUUGGUAGAAGAUAAUGAACUGAUGAGAAAUAAAACUCAUGAGCCAUCCAGUA